AUGGCACCAAGAAAUAAAGGAAAAAAGGCCGCAGCAGCCAAGGCAGCCAAAGAAGCUGAAGAAAGCGCUCAGAAAGCAGCUGCAGCAUCCUCAUCUGCUUCUAAAUCUCAAAAAGGUAUUGACAAAGGUGUGACUCUGCAAGUUCCAACAAGCUCGGAGUCCAUCACAGGAACACCAGCACCUACACCCACCGCGUCCGUUCCGAAAACCAGUACAAGCGGAUUCGGUAGAGAUUCCGCGACUGGAUCCACCAUUGAGCUUCAAGAACCACAAGAUGAAGUGCCUGAAGAAGGUUACGGCUCCGAAGAUUCAGCAGACUCAGCAGAGAUCGCAGCAAUGUUCGGAAGCGGCGGCGCUCCACGAGCCGACUCUUUCAGCGAAGGCGAUGAUGGUGCUACUCUGGCAAGCCCAAAAGACGAGACUCCAGAGCCAUUCGAAGAUACAACGCCAUCCUAUAACUCCAUUCAAGAGAUCGAAUUCGAACCCCCCAUCUCACGCAAACCCAAAUUAAAGUCUCUCUUCGUCCCACUCCCAUCACCACCCAUACCCGGGCAGGAAGAUACAUCGGACGUACAAAUUUACGACCCUGAGACUGAUGGGACAGUUGAUGGCUCGGUCGUUCGCCCGCGUACUCCGCCGCUAAAACGUCUUGCUACUAUUGCAGCGGCGCAAAAGGCGAAUGCGAAGGCGCGAAAGGAGGCUGGGUCGAAUAAACCGUCUCUGUUUGUCCCGGCCGGAAAGACAGAUGAUGAUGGGAAUUUGGGGUAUCUCCAGGCGCCGUUAAUGGUUGAUGGGAGUGAUCAAAUGCUUGCGGUAGAUAGUGCCGAGGAGAUUGCAAAGUUGAAUGCGCAGGCGGCGGUGACGCAGUAUGUUGAGGUUAGGAAUGAGAGUCUGGUUGCGGAUUUGGGUGAGAGUAUAUCAAAGGAACUGGAACAAUGGCGGAGCUAUGCCAAGAAGGCUCCUAAGUCAGAAGAAGCCGUCAAAAUCGCGAAUGCGGCCAUCGAAGCAUUACAAAAGUCUCAGCUUCGACUCAUUGGAGAAAACUUGAAUCUCAAACUCGUAACUGACGUGCUUCAAGAGGAAACCAAGAAGCUGACCCAGACUGUCAACGGUGCUCUUUUCCAGCAAGCGGGCGUGGAAACAGAGUUCGCCCGUGAACACAAAAUGAUCCAAGCUAGGAAUCUAAAGGUAAUUGCCCGUCUGGAAGAAAAGAUCGCACGACUGCAAAACACUGAGGCUCAUGUACUGCUUAAAGAGUCCGAGAGUAAAAAUCAAUCGCUGCUUGAAAUAAACACAGGAUAUGCUGCUCAUCUUAAAGAAAUUGCCGAAGACUACAAGAGGUUGCAGGAACAGUUUUUGGAGUUAAAGACGCAACAAGAUUACGUCAAAGCUUCAGUGCAACCACAGUUGAAAGACAACGAGGAACUGUGGGUACCUGAGAUGGAAGAGGAGUUUGCAAAGCUUCGGUCGGAGAAGGAGAAAGAUGAGCUUAUCAUACGCCAAGGGACCGAGAUUUCUGUUCUUCAGAAACAACAGAAAGAGGCCGAGAAGAAAAUCAGCGCUUAUGCUAAGAGCGGUAACAAGCCCGUAGGAGUUAGGCACAGGAAUGAAGGGUCCGCACUAGGUUCACCACAGAGCGCUGUUCAAACACGGAGCGCUGCUGAAGGAGAUUCUCUCAAGUAUGCCACGCGUCAUGGUAGACCAUCCGAGCUAGCCGUCUCCGUUGCUAUACUUCGUGCAGAGCAAGGACUGAAGUAUAUGCAAGGAAGUCGUGCAAGCAGAGGUAUCAAACAGGGCGACAUUCGCAACGCUAGAGCUGCAGCUUGCGAAGCUUACACCAUGAGUCUUGAUCUCGCUGACGAACGACUUCAAAGCCGCUGUUUGUUUUGGCUAGGAGUGAUCGAGUUUUAUGAUUCCAACCCAUGGGCUGCUCGGAACGCAAUCCUUGAAGCUCAAUCGUGCAAUGAGUGGGUGCUCAACGAGGAAGAGGAAGCCUGGUUGGAGAAAUGGCUGGACGCUACAGAGAAAGGGAAUAAACCCAGCCAGAGCUCUUCCGACUAUGAAAUCCCUUCCGAAGCUGCAAUCCCACCUAGCUCCGAAGGUGAAGAUGAAUGGGAGAAGGUAACCAAAUCAGACGUUCCAGGCCAACUUAAGGCACAGAGAGGAAUUAGGGUGGAUGACAUUUCAGCCAAGUCUGCAGAGGAGAGGCGGUCGAGAUGGGAUGUGAUGAGUUAUUAUAUUUGA